AUGAUUUCCUACUACGAGAUCCAAGAUGCCCAUCCUGUCUCGCCUCCCACAUACCAAUCCCUGAAGGGGCACGAGCAGAUCUCUUCGCAACCUAUCCAGGAUUCAGAACAAGCCGCGGAAUACUGGACCGACCUAUUUUCUCAUGUUGGGGCGCAACCCCAGCUCCAUUCCUUUCCUCUCGAUCACCAAUGGCCACGAUCUGAGACUACUAUCCGCGCCCCUGAGCAUCUUUUCGAAGCGGCAUUAGACUUUAGUGAGAGAUACAACAUUCGACUAGAUGAUUUGAUAUAUGGGAUAUGGGCUUUCGUGUCUAUUCGACACACGGCGGGUGGCCAUCGCACCGCCAUCUUCACGGUAGCCGGACGAGACCGGUCCUUCUUCGGAUCAGACAGCACCCAACAAGGGCUAGAAGACCAGGAGGACUUCCCCCUGGUCCUGACUGUUCCUGAGGGCAUAGAAGCCCUAUCGUGGAUGCGAUACGUUGGUACCGUCAGCGCUGAAGCAGCAACACACUCGCACUUGGGCUACAAGCAGAUCCUCGCGCGGACAGGCGCUGCACCGCCACAAGUCAAAGUCUCCAUUAUACCUGAUGACAGUGAGGAGGUGAUGACAGCCGAUGCUGACUUUCCCCUCGUACUGAAUCUGUCGGCCUCCUCCGGGCUGAAGCUCAGCAUGCGGCAUAACCUGGCCGUGCCGCGAACCAACGUCCGAGUACUGCUUGAUCAUUUUGCCGCUACGCUGCAGCAGGUGGUCGAGAACCCGUUAGUAAACAUUGCAGCAGUGAACCCGACAUCCCCAGCAGAGAGGCAGCUACUUCAUGAAUACGGAAAGGCUGCCAUUCGGGCCCGUCGUGGGCUGGUGCAUGCCCUGGUUGAGAAACAAGCCCGGCUGAGACCAGAUGCCCAUGCCGUUCAAUUCGAGCUGGAUGCUCCCCUUCCCUAUGGCACACUGAAUAAACGCGCGAACCAGUUGGCUCGGUUACUGCGCGCAUACGGUGCAUCGUAUAUCCCCGUGCACAUGCGUACAUCGGCCGACUUCAUUGUCGCCCUGCUGGCUAUCCUGAAGGCUGGCGCCGCAUACGUGAUCCUGGACCCGGAUGCACCGGCCAGCCGCAAGUCCUUCAUCGUCGAGGAUGUUCAGGCGAAUUUUGUUCUGGUGGAUUCAGACACAGCAGGUGAAUUUCCCCAUGAACACAAGGUCCGUGACUUGCUGAGCGAGUCCAUGGGCAACGACGACAGCGACUUGUCUCUCGACCAGGACGCCAGCGCCCUGGCGUAUGUGAUUUACACCUCCGGGUCAACGGGCAAGCCCAAAGCAGUCCUGUUGGAGCACCAAGCCGCCUAUAACGGCCUCCUGGCCUUCCCCAAGAUGCUCGACCUGCGCCAGCUGCUCUUCUUUAACCCCGUUUUUUCCGCAGCUCAGCGAUCCAUGUGGGCCACGCUCAGCGUCGGAGGAUGUUUAUGUCUGGCCAGCAAGGCCAAUCUGACUGUCCAUUUGGCCAGAACAAUCAGCAGCAUGCACAUCACCUCAGUCGACAUGACCUCGACCACAGCAUCCCUGCUAUCACCAGACAAUGUACCCUCGCUGCGCCGAAUGGUCCUAGGCGGCGAGCUGGUGAACCCAGCCGUGGUACAAACCUGGUCUCAUCGCGUCGAGCUGCUGUCUUCGUACGGCCUCAGCGAAUGCACACAACUCAACUGGCGCUACCGACUCCAAGACACCCAGAGUUCAUCCCGCAUCAUCGGGCAGCCCUUCGACACCACAACGUCCUACAUCCUUGUCCCCGGCACCACCGCCCUCUCUCCAUUGCUUAUCCCAGGUGAGCUCUGUCUCGGCGGUGCCCAGCUCGCCCGCGGGUACCUGAACAAUGCCGAAGAAACAGCCCGGCGGUUUAUCCCCAACCCUUUCGGCCAGGGCAAGCUCUACCGCACGGGCGACCUAGCCGUACGCCACGCCGAUGGGUCGAUCGAGAUGAUCGGCCGAAUCGAUUUCCAGGUCAAGAUCAACGGCCAGCGCGUGGAUCCUGCCGAACCUAACGCUGUCAUCCAGUCCUACGAGGAAGUCAAGCAAUCGGCUGUGGUGCCUGCAGUCGUAGGCGGGAAAACAGCCCUCGUGGGAGUGGUGGUGAGUCGUGCUGACGGCGACUGGGCCUCGCUCGUGGCGAACCUGCGCACGUACCUGGCGUCCAGGGUGCCGCGCUAUAUGGUCCCUGGGUUCUGGGUUCCGCUGGCCGCUUUGCCGACAAACGCAAAUGGGAAGCUAGAUAUGGCUGCCGUUCGCGCGAUCGUCGAAGACUUCGCAAAGUCGGGGCAGUUGCUGCCGGACCGACCUAAGAAUGAGUCUAACGGAGUGGUCUGGACGGAGAAGGAGAUGAUUGUCCGGGCUCUUUGGGCGAGGUUCCUAUCCUUUGCUGAGGAGGAUAUCACAGUGGAAGACUCGUUCGUUGCGCUGGGUGGUACAUCACUGGAAGCUAUCCAAGUCGUGUCGCAACUGCAGACUGAGCAUGAGAUGAUUCUGCGCGUGGAGGAUAUCAUUCUCGGGCAGUCGCUCGCCCAGGUUGCUGGUCUCAUUCAGACCGGAGGCAGCGCAGUGAAUGGCCAUGCGCCGUUCACACUUCUGCGAGAGACCCCCUCCUUCGAGCGUUUCGGGAUCAACAUGGCCGACGUCGAGGACGCCUUCCCAGUGACGCCCUUCCAAGAAGCCAUCAUUGCCAACACUAUGCUGGGUGGCACCAAGUACAUCUACAGCCGGUCAUACAGCUUCACCGGCCACAGUGCCUCGGCAGUCAAGCGCGCACUUACAUCCCUCAUGGACAGGGAGAUCUUCCUGCGCUCGACCUUCAUCCCAGAUGGGGUAUCGUUCAUGCAGGUCGUGCGCAAAUCCGCCCCUGUGCCCUGGGAGAUGUCCUCCAUGGACGUGAAAUCCUACAUGCGGGAGCAGAUCCAGAAGCCUAUGCACGCCGGCGGUCUCUGGUGGCGCGCAGCCGCCUUGCCAGACAACAUCUUGGUCAUUACUAUUCACCACGCACUGUUCGACUACUGGUCCAGCGAGUUCCUCCCACAGGACCUGACCUCCCUCUUAACGGGAUCGGCACCUAUCCAGCGCCCUCUCUUCAGUCAAUAUGUAAAACACCUCCAGCAACACGACGAACCCACCAUGCAGACCUUCUGGAAGGAAUACCUCGACGGCGCAGUCCCCACACGCCUAGGCGCCCAAACGGAGCAGCAGACCCUCGUCUCAGCCUCCCUAACCACAGACUUGAAAUCCACAGCCUCCACACUGAAAGUGACCCCCAGCAUGCUCCUCUACGCCGCCUGGUCUCUCGUCCUCGCUCGCGCCACCUCCUCCACAGACGUCGUGCUCGGCGUCACUCUUUCCGGAAGAGAAGCCCCAAUUCCAGGUAUCCUGCAGAUGAGCGGGCCCACGCUAAUGAUUGCUCCGCUGCGGGUGAAGCUUGACCGGAACAACUCGUUCGAGGCGCAUCUGGCCUCUGUGCAAGCUAGUCUGUGGGAUGUGGCGCGCCAUGCGCAGUACGGCCUGCGCAAGAUACUGAAAGUGAGUCGUCAGCCGAAGGAUCUGUUUGAUACGACGGUCAACUUCCUCAUCAAGGUGGAUAGUAUGCCUGCUACGGCUGGAGGAUUGACUAUACUGCCGGAGAAGAAUUACGGAACGCAUGACUAUAUCAAGCUGGAGUUGAGCAAUGAGGACUUGGGCCAGGUGACGUUGUCGUCUAUGUUGAAGGAUGGGUAUGCCAGGGUGUUGGUGCAGUCUGUGGCUGAUAUCUUGAAAGUGGCCGCCGAGGCACCAGGUACCAGGAUCAAGGAGUUGGAGCUCGUGCGAGAGGGUGUGGUGAAUGGUGUUGAGAGGGAGAUUGAUGGGCCAGUCGAAGUCGCGAAGGUCAGCCCAGCUGACGACGAACUUGGCCACUCUGCCUUCCAUCGCAUCGCCUGCACAUAUCCCUCUCGCACAGCUGUCGAGGAUGCCACUGGCGCCAGUAUCACCUACGCUGGCAUGGCCAUCAAGGUCAACCAGCUGGCUGGGCUGCUACGCGCCAAAGGCGUUGUUCUGGAGCAGGUGGUCCCUCUCCUGUUGGAGAAGUCCAUCAGCACCAUCAUCGCCAUGCUGGGUGUCAUGGUCUCCGGGGGUGCUUUUCUGCCUCUUGGCCCGGAGAACCCUCGGGAGCGCAACCUGGGCAUCAUGGAGGACUGUGAAGCCAAGGUGGUCAUCACGGAUCGUCAGAGCGCGAGAUUCUUCGACGAUCUCACGUACGAGGUGAUCGUGAUCGACGACCUGGACUGGGACGCCAUGCCCAUCCAGCGUGAGAUCGUCCCUGACCUCACGCCAGAUAACCUGGCAUAUUUGAUUUACACCUCGGGCAGCACAGGCAAACCUAAAGGCACACUGCUCACGCACCGAGCCCUAGCCACAGCAGUGGAGGGCAUCAUCGAGUCGACACAGAUGGACAACUCGCACCGGAUCCUCUGGGCUCUCAACUACACUUUCGAUGGAUCAUUCUUCUCGCUCUUCUCCGCCCUAGCCACCGGCUGCACACUCUGCGUAGCACCUCAGAACACCAUCGUCGGCAACCUAGCUGGCCUGAUCAACGCCAUGCAAGUCACCGCCGUCUGCGUAACGCCCACCAUGGCCGGUCUCUUCCAUCCCGACGAUGUGCCGACGCUGCAAAUCCUCGCUACCGGCGGCGAACCCGUCACGCCGCAUAUGCAGACCGUCUGGGCGCCGCGCAUCACCGUCCACAGCGCCUACGGGCCAACCGAAGCCACCAUCUGCGUCACCACAACGCACGUCACUCCCGACAUGAACCUGCGCAACAUCGGCCGGCCCUACCGCAAUGUGAGCGCGCAGAUCCUCGACCCUGACACCUUGCAGCCCGUGCCCGCCGGCGAAGUCGGCGAGCUGUGUCUUGCCGGGCCGCAGCUAGCACGGGGGUAUCUGAAGCGUCCAGAUGCCACAGAUAAGGUAUUCCGGAACCGGCCUGACGGGCGGAUCUACCAGACGGGCGACCUAGCAAGAUGGCUGCCCAACGGGGAUAUCGAGCUGUUUGGUCGCAAAGACGACCAAGUCAAGAUCAACGGCUACCGGAUCGAACUGGGUGAGAUCGAGAGUGUCAUUAUGCAGACGGGGCUGUUCAGCCAGUGUGCUGUCAUUGCCGCGACAGUGCUCAAGAAGAAGCAGCUCGUUGCGUUCUGCUCGACUUCUGCUCCGGGCUCGAGGGAGGUGGUAUUGCUGGCUCCAGAGCAAGCGCCGAUUCUGGAUGAAAUCAAAGACCAUCUCACCACUCUGCCCAAGUACAUGGUCCCUUCAAUCUGGCUCCCACUGUCGGAUUUUCCCCUGAUGGGCUCUGGCAAGAUCGACCGCAAGCGAUUGCUGGCACUCGCUCAGGGUCUAGCUGACGACGAACUUAAGGCUUAUCUGCCAGCUGAAGAGAUAUCCGCUAUCACAUCCCCAGCAGAGCACAGACUGCAACACCUCUGGGCCAAGCUCUUCGACACCCCGGCCGACGACAUCCACGCUAACUCGACCUUCCACGCCCUCGGCGGCGACUCCAUCUCGGCCCUGAACCUCGUCAGUCUCCUCCGACAGGACGGAUACCAGGUGCGGGUGAACGACAUCCUCUCGUCACGGACACUGCGCGACCAGGCCGCGCUGCUGAUCGAUGAGCCUGCGGAAGCAGCAGCUCCAUCCCCAGCCCCAGCAGCGCCGACCUUCCAACCAACAGAAACCAUCCUGACCACGCAACUCACGCAGCACAACCAGAUCCUGCGUGCGCUGUACCUGUACGCAGACGAGAGCUGUGAUCCGCGCACAGCAGUGCAGGUUAUUCUGCGCGAUGCAACUCUCAACCUUACCUACCACACGUACAGCAGUGAAGAGGAGAAACAGUCUCUCCUAGACAGUAACUGGGAGAGACGCUUUGAUCCAGCACGACCCUUCGUGCGCUACGCCCUCCUCACGGACGCCACUACUGGAGACCGUGAUCUAGUCAUCAAGCUCGACCACGCCUCCUACGACGGCACAUUACUACACAUCUUCGACGACCAGUUCCUGGCCCUCGCGCGCAAUGAGCCUAUCCCAGAAUGUACCCCCUUCAAGGAAUACAUCAACUACAUCACUUCACUCCCGAAACAACCUCAGCUGGAUUACUGGACUACUCUGCUCAAACCCUACCAUAACGAUACCACAACAACACCCUACCUCUCCACCCUGACCAACCCAUCAUUAAACAACAUAAUAACCUACCCCAUCCCAGCAGACAUGGGCAUCGAAGCCCUCGCCACAACCCACAACGUGACUCCGUCAGUCAUCUUCCAAACAGCCUUUUCUCUCCUCCUUUCGCACCUCUCCGCCACCCCACAGACCCAGAUUGUCUACGACACCCUAAUAACAGCCCGCAACGUCCCCCUCCCCAAUCCCCAAAGCAUAACCGGCACCUGCGCAAACUUCCUGCCCUUCCUCUCCACCAUUGAUCCUUCCCAAUCCAUCAGAUCCUUGCUACAAGAUACGCAGCGAGAUUUCUGGGACGUCAGCGGACCACGCUGCCGUCUCAUUGUCAGAAAUAUAUGA